UAGAAGCACAAGUAGACUAGAAACGUGUAUUAAUAGACAGCGAUCCAGCCCCCGUGUUUUUGGCAGACGACACCAAGUGCAUGCUUCAUGUCAUUCGGUUGAAUCCUGGUCAUCUUCAUGUCAGUCCUUACAUUCGGUUGAUGCUUGUCAGAUCAGAUGGUAAAUCGUUCAUUUGAAGACCACACUGAAGAUCUUUGUAAGCGUAGACAACAGCGGAAGUGUUCGGAAAUCUUCAACGCGACGAGAGAAAAGUGACGAGAGUAGACGACCCAUGAACGAGAACCCCAAAACAUUCAGUUUUUUUGUUUCGCACUGCGUAGUAGCUAGACUUGAAUCGGAUCCACCAUUCUUGAUGUGCGCUAACAUUCGACUGUUACUUAUUUUGUUAACUCCCAUUUCGUUACUGGACCCUAGAUUUUGUUAACACCACGAUCGAGGACGCAGCAAUGUCCUUUUUGGUUAACAUCAAAAGUUGUAGAUCCCUGGCUGAACGUCCUCACACACAAAAAAAUAUUUGGAUCUUCGUUAGUACUAGAAGCUUUUCGCUUAGAAGAAGCGAGGAUUGUCAUUAUGUGGGUUAUAUUAAGUAGUUAGCGGCGCUUUGACUUUGCUAUUAGACAGAAAAUGUAUAAUAUUUAUCAUGAAAUGAAAGUGUAAGUAGAACAGUUCAUGAUCAAUGGUAUCAAAUCGUCACGACCUCUUCAAUUUUCUAGUAUUUUUAGGUCAAGUUUUGAAUUUGAUAAUGUGUGAGGUAGAAAUCGUUGGCGCAGGUCAAGUUUUGGGUUGGUUCAUUUGUAGAUGUACAACGUAAUUUCGUACGUGCCGGACUUCAUUCCCCUGUACAAAAAGGAUAGAUUAAGAUUAUCGUGCCGAUUUUUUUUCCAGAUCAGUUAAUGCUGAUGUUUUCUGUGAGGUAGUAGAACUCUAUUUAGAAAGUUCGUAGUACCAAGCAGGACAACGAGAACGACACCUCUUAAGAAAGACCCUUUUACUUUUUUAUUUUUCCUUAAUUAUUUGUUUCCGAAAAAACAAGUAGCUAGCUAGAUGUCAAUAAUUUUGAAAUUUUGUUGAUUAAUUUUGGUAAAUAGUCGUUUACCAUGUUGUUGUUGUUGUAGAUGUUCAACAUCUACUUGUUUUUUUGAUCUUCAUUCGAUUCCUUGACUAGUUAAUCGCUCCUUGUGACAUUAGAAAGUACUACGUGCUGUUGUCCUAGUACAUGUUCUCUCUGCAACGUUCUAAUUUUCAGAUGAACGUCAUGGAUCCACGUAGCCAAGUUCACUUCAUCUUCUUUUCUUUUGAUGUAUAAUUUCUAGUACCUUGACAGCACAGAGGACUGAACACUAACAAGAAAAAUGAGGCUGCUUGUGCCCUUGCUAGACCCAGCGGGGGAGCCGCUAGUCGAUGUCCUUUUCGACGACUCUGUGCUGAAUAGCACAAAGCCGAUAGCACAAAGCUCUCAAGUACUAGAUGGAGAAAAUGAUGGUCAGGAACAGGAUCGUGCUGCUCAUGUUGGCCAUGAACAAGAGUUGCUUGAAGAAUCGUCUCCCCAUGAAGAGGUAGACGACUCUCCAGGGGGCGGUGCGAGGGAAGCUCCUUCGUUGAGUGGAUUACUCGUUCGACAACUAAGCCACCACGUGUCUCCAACGGUUUCGAAAUCGAGACUAGGCGUUGCAGGGUUCCCUGGUGACGGAGAUGAAGAUCGAGGCGGUACAAGAACACGACCUCAAGUUGUGCUUUUGAGGGAUCAUCCCUCGAAGGCGGGUACUUUGGUAUUCGGUGACGGACAAGGAUACGAAGAAAAGUACGUAAAACUCUCGGCAAAGGGUGCUUUCGGAGUUGGAGACGAACACGAAGAAGAAGACAUUAUAAAGCAGAGUGCUGGUGGUCUGUGUUUGCAUGUUCCUGCAUUGUUUUCUCUUCCCCAGAAUGGGGAUGCGGAGAACCAGCACAUUGAGGACAACACUGAGGAAGUUCAUCCCGAUGAAAUCCGCUUCAAUCUCGACGAUCUAGUCCAAGGCAUCGUCCAAUCCGGACUCAAAGCGCGUUUCCCUGAUUUUCCGGAGGGGACGAAAUUCGCUAAAGAAUGCGUCCGUCUAGUUUCGGAUCAGGGAUGUUUGCUCGAUAGCACGGAGACGGCAUUUGAUGACCUCCCUGCUGCAAUCGGUGGUUCAAGUGCUAGCGGAUACGGUCACUACAAGAGCAACAAGAGUGCGGGCAAAGCGUCGUCGCCACGCGCUGAGAAUAGAGCGUCUUCGUCGAGUAGUAAUUUUGAUUCCGCUUAUUUCAACUGUGCGCUUCCUCUCGACCGUGACGGGACCUGCGACUUCAUUUCGGUGCUUGUGAAGUGGGAGAAGAGUCUGCAUUUCCCUUCCAUGGUCCGCGACUUGCAUAACGCUCUAGUCACCGGGACUUACACGCAACCACCAGAAGAGCAGACAGGGGAUAUGUUCACGCGAAACCGGCAAAGGACGAAUGAUUUGACCAUGAUGAUGAACCUGAAUGCGCCAGCCGCAGCUGGAGCAGUGGGUGGAGGACACGUUUUAGGAGGUGGUGGAGGACCACAAGGUGGUCCAGAAGGUCACGGUCUACUAGGAGGCCCUCCACAGUUCCGACGCGCGGCUGCCCCUCCACCACCUGGAGCGAUCCAGCGACAAACGUACCUCUUGCCAUCUCUAGAGGACUGGCAGAUUGGACUGUUUCAGUCGGCAGCUGAGGACGUGGGACGAUUUGGCAAGACUCCUGGGGACAACAUCUAUGGGUUUUCGCAGUUACUGCAGAUCAUUGAUCGUGUGAAGAGUGCGAACUUUGUGUAUCCACCUAAUAUCAACUUGGUUUUCCAUCAGCAGGAACUUCAGGCUCUUGGAGGGCUUGGCGCCUUCCUGUCCGAAGUAGCGGCAAGAGUAGUGCAGAGUCAGAAAUUGCAGACGAACGAAGUGCGAGAAAUUUGGACGUUUAGGGAAGGGAAGGUAUAUCUACCACGUACUAGUUUGAUAGUUUUCCCUCUUUUAUCUUUUCUCCAGCUGCGUGCACAUGCAGAUACACUACACCCAAGUUUUAGGAAAGGUGCAAGUGAAGCUGAAGCCGUAAAAGAGCUUGCUAAUGAAUAGAAUCAAAUAUCAACUUCAAACACAAACAAACGAUCAUAUUAACAGGUUGCAGCCAGCAACAUCGGGUCUUUAGAGGAGCUACAAGCGAGCACUUCGAGUUCCUUCUUAGACCGCGAGCACGCAGAUCAGGCCAUCGUCUGGAAAACCAACCGUCGGGUGCGCAAAACCACGCCUGUGCAUGAGAUUUUGCGCCAGCUACGCGUUUUUCAAGUGUUUGAGUUGCGGCAUGGGCUCAAAGCCGCAGUUGACGGGGACAAGCUGUCCAUUUGUGAACGGCUCCUGAAGUACUUGGCUUUGCGAGGUGACCUAGUUUUGGCGGUGAGGGAACAGACCUGGCCGAAUCAGAUGCUGACGAACGAAUUGCUAGCCAGACGGGCGCGAGGCACCUGCACGACGAACAGUUCGAGCGAUUUUAACAGCAUGAGCGACUUCAACGCGCGGAAAGUGUUGAUGAGCGAACAAGGCACCGCGAAAGCCACGUCGUCGCGUGGAGGCGGUUCUACACCAGCACUGAAUCGAGUAGGCAGUCGAGAAAGCGGCGCUUUUUCAGCUGGAAAUCUGAUGAAUCAGAAUCUAGUAAGCAACGAUAGUACUAGUAGUGCUACUGGCUUGCCACUACCUUCUCCGGAACGCCCGUUUUUGGAGCGUAAUCGCUCUGAUACGUCGACUGGUCGCGCGCCUAGCGUCGAUGCCGUUCGCGCUGACGAGACCAGCAGCAUAGCAACUCUGAACGCCAUGGGAGCAGGAAGUGGGGGAAGUACGUUUUUAGGAAUGUUGCGGGCUGCGGUGUCUACGGCCGGAUCCACUAGUAGUACGUCUCCGAGUCCCAACAAUUCGCCACAGCUUAGACAAAAAUCUUCUCCUGCUCAGAAACGCACUGCAGGAGAAACAGCGAAACAACAACGGGCUAAUGAGAUUGAGGUUGGCCUCUCCGACGGUUCGACUGUUGAAGAAGAAUUGUGGUGCGUGUACAAACACCUAAUGGGCAACAAACUGGAGUACAGCUGGAUCAGCCUAAGAUGGACCUGUCUCAAACUCCUCUUGACACUCGGAGUGGACGAAGAUGGUAGUUCUUCGGUGGGUGAAAGUAAGACUGCUUCUUCAUCUAAGAGUAAAACUGCGGUGAAUAUUGAAGGUAACUUGUCUGCGGAUUCCACUCCCGCGAUGCACAAGGUGGUGUCGUCGGAAGACAUGAUCAAGAACAAGAAACAAGGACAAGAUGACUACAAGAGAAACAUUAACUUCGCACAACAAGAACCUCGAUUUCAACACCAAGAAGAACUACACCAUCAUCGCGAAUUGCUGUACCGCAAAAUCCGAUCGCUAAUCGUGAAACGGUUCCAAGACCUUCUCCGCUUUGCUCGCUGGAACGAGCGUAAAUUACGAGACUACGACCCCUUCAAUCCGAAGCAGGCGUCAGCAAUUUUCCCUGACGAUUUUGAUGAAUUCCAAUUUCUCUAUGCGUCGGAAAUGCACAGGAAGCACAUGGACGACUUCAAGUUUGCUCCUCCCGCAAGAAACAGCUCGUCUUCGAUCAUGUCUUCGAGUCCUCCUUCAUCUUCAAUAGAAGCAAAUAUGAAUAAUUGGAGUGCUCCUGCGGUCGUGUCUGCUGGUGGCACGAGAAGCAUUUUACCACCGCCGACCAUUAUGGAAGUUGCCAGUAGUAGGGAGUGGAGCAGGGCCGAGAGUGAAUGCUCUCCUCGUGAAUUUGACGCCUUUGAUCAGGGCGAGGACGAAGGUGGACAAGGAGGACAAGCAUCCUCAAAAGUGGAAUUCCAAAUACGGGAACAAAAACAAGAAGCUCUCUCUUCAUCUCUGACCCCGUCUUCAACCUCCUCGUCUGAGGAAGAUGUGCCUAGUUUUGAGACAGGCAUGCUGGCCCCCAUCUCAAGACGAUACUUGAAUCGCAAGAGAAAGAACAAGAGUAGCGAUAGCGCAACAGCAAGAGCUUCAUCUUCUGCACGAAAUAGUACUAAGGAGAAAGAAGACCACAUCAAUGUUGACAAUAGAGAUGCUGGAGGUACUAUAACAAGAGCUAUCUCUUCUCCGUCAAGCAGAAACCGGACUGCCUCACCAGAUGAAUGGGCGGGUGUUGAUGGUGACAAGAUAUCCCAUACCAAUAGUUCGUCCUCGUCAACAUCCUACCUCCUAGAAGCCAAACGGGAAGAAGCAAGUGCAUUGAUCACGCAAUUACAUAGCACACUACGCGCAGAUAUCGUCGGAAUCGCGGCUGAAUUGUUGCAGCCCAGAUGUGAUCAGCAUCAUGUUGUUAUACAUCAUCUGGAUCAACAAGGACAACAAGGACAACCUACUUAUUGUUCCGGUGCCAGCAAUGAUCCAUUCAACGCAAACAAGGAGAUGAAAUCUUCAACUUCGUCGUCUCUGGAAAUGGCGAAAAAGUUAUUCAUACAAGAUAUUCAGCCUAUGAAACAUGAUGAGCAUACUUCUUUAGCAGCACUCAAACUCUACCUCAACUCUUUUGCAUCUUCCCUGAACCCGUGA